GUUUGCUGCUGGGAGGCAGGAAAGAAACAUUGCCUGGCUGAGCUUCUGCAUGGGAACAUCUUGCAAGGAAGAAUUACUAGACAAGAUACUUUCCCUGGCUGGUGAGCAGAACUGACUGCCAGAAAGAAGAAAAAUAGAUUUGUGCUGUGGCCCUUUAAAAAAAUUUAAAUGACAGCCUGCGGUGGCUGAGAAGGGCAGGAGGACACCUGACACUGAGAGGAAAAAAAAAUCGCACACCAAAAUGACAUUACUGAAACACUGAGUGUUUCACCUGUGGAGGAGACAGAAGUUCAUCAGAACAUCACAACAUGGCUCCCCUAUGGUCCUACCUCCCAGUUGGUAUGCAGAUUUCUCAGGGGACACCAUUUCACUUAUUCUCACCUCCUACUGUGGCAAAAAUGGACUAUUUUCCUCACCGAAAACCAGCAGCAUAAUGCCCAUCUGAUACAUGCCUCAAAGAAAUCUUAUUUAAAGUCUGUUGAAAAAGGCUGGUUGACGCAUCCUCUCAAACAAAAGAAAUAAAACAAGUCGAUGAUGAUGAUUUACAGAGCCCACAGCAGGAAGACCACUUUAGUUCAAUACAGAAGAGAGAAAACACAGAUUCCCCAUCAAGUACAUUGUCAAGAUGGAUGUCUUUUAGCCAACCAAUAAGUUCUACUACUGCUGCAUGUCUGGCAGCACUUCUACAUGAUCACAUGACUCUUGAUAUGGAUGCAGUCCUGUCAGACUUUGUUCGAUCCACAGGGGCAGAACCAGGCUUGGCAAGAGAUCUGCUGGAAGGCAAAAACUGGGAUUUGACUGCUGCUUUGAGUGACUAUGAGCAGCUUCGACAGGUACACACAGCCAGCCUGCCACAGGUGUUUAAUGAAGGGAAGUACUACAAGCAGCAGGAGAGAGAGCAGCCCCAACAGGUGAACAAGGUCGAACGACCAUGUCUACAGAGACAGGAUGACAUUGCUCAAGAGAAACGACUCUCCAGAGGUAUUUCUCAUGCCAGCUCAGCCAUAGUCUCCCUUGCUCGAUCACAUGUAGCAAAUGAAUGCAGCAAUGAACAAUUUCCUUUGGAGAUGCCCAUCUACACAUUCCAGCUACCAGAUCUUAGUGUAUACAGUGAGGAUUUCAGAAGCUUCAUUGAACGUGACUUAAUCGAGCAAGCAACAAUGGUUGCUUUGGAACAAGCAGGCCGUCUCAAUUGGUGGUCCACAGUGUGUACAAGCUGCAAACGUCUUCUUCCAUUGGCUACAACAGGUGAUGGGAACUGUCUCUUACAUGCUGCUUCAUUAGGAAUGUGGGGUUUUCAUGACAGGGAUCUGGUAUUACGUAAAGCACUCUACACUAUGAUGAGAAGUGGAGCUGAAAGGGAAGCACUGAAAAGAAGGUGGAGAUGGCAGCAGACCCAACAGAAUAAGGAGUCGGGUUUAGUUUACACAGAAGAAGAAUGGGAACGGGAAUGGAAUGAACUUCUUAAGCUGGCUUCAAGUGAACCUCGCACCCAUUUUAGCAAAAAUGGAGGUACUGGUGGUGGAGUUGACAAUUCAGAAGACCCAGUGUACGAGAGCUUAGAAGAGUUCCAUGUUUUUGUCUUAGCCCAUAUCUUGAGAAGACCAAUUGUUGUAGUAGCAGACACAAUGCUAAGAGACUCAGGGGGAGAAGCUUUUGCACCUAUCCCAUUUGGGGGAAUUUACUUGCCACUUGAAGUUCCGCCUAACAGAUGUCACUGCUCACCUCUUGUUCUAGCUUAUGAUCAAGCUCAUUUCUCUGCUCUUGUAUCUAUGGAGCAAAAAGAUCAACAGAGAGAACAAGCGGUGAUCCCUUUGACUGACUCAGAACACAAGUUACUGCCUUUGCACUUUGCGGUUGAUCCUGGGAAAGACUGGGAGUGGGGGAAAGAUGACAAUGAUAACACCAGACUGGCCAAUUUGAUUCUGUCUCUGGAGGCAAAGCUUAAUCUUCUGCACAGCUACAUGAAUGUAACUUGGAUACGUAUACCAUCUGAAACACGGGCCCCUUUGGCUCAGCCAGAAUCUCCAACUGCUUCAGCAGGGGAAGAUGUUCAGUCUCUGGCUGAUUCAAUGGACUCAGACCGAGACUCCAUCUGUAGUAAUUCCAAUGGCAAUAAUGGCAAAAAUGGUAAAGAAAAAGAAAAGGAGAAACAAAGGAAGGAUAAAGACAAAAACAGGACGGAUUCAGUUGCCAAUAAGCUUGGAAGCCUCAGUAAAACCCUAGGAAUUAAGCUGAAAAAGAAUAUGGGUGGGCUCGGGGGGCUGGUGCAUGGCAAGAUGAGCAGAGCAAAUUCAGGAAACGGGAAGAAUGGUGACAUCGUAGACAAAGUCAAAGAGAAGAAGUCUAAGUCCCGCAAAGGGAGCAAGGAGGAGUCAGGACAGUCUGCAAGCACUUCUCCUUCUGAAAAGACAACUCCAUCUCCUACUGACAAAGCAAGCAACUCACCCACUGAAAAAAUGAACUCAAAGUCCCUCUCUGACAAACAGUCUGACCCAUGGAAGUACAGCACUGAUGUGAAGCUCAGCCUCAACAUUUUGAGAGCUGCCAUGCAAGGUGAACGCAAGUUUAUUUUUGCUGGCCUCCUACUGACCAGCCAUAGACAUCAGUUCCAUGAGGAGAUGAUAGGUUACUACUUGACCAGUGCCCAAGAGCGCUUCAAUGCAGAGCAGGAACAGAAGAGAAAGGAGGCUGAGAAAAAGGCUUCACUCAAUGGGUCAUCCAGCAGGAAGCUGGAACAAGAAGCAUAUUCAAAAGAAAAGUUGGAAACAUCUCCUCAGGACAGGGCAUCACCAGUCUUGCCUCAAAGCCAUACAACUCAACUGGUUUUAAAGUUUAAAGAUCGCACUAGUCCCACUCCUGGGUCAUUUUCUUCACCUAGUAAUGGUGCUAAGAAAAGUGGACCCAUUCCAGUAUCUGCCCACUAUAGCCAUACUCCACCUGUUCAAAGGCAAAGCGUUAUCCAUUUGCAUGAUGUCAACUCCAAGCCAUCAAGCUUCCAAGAUGAUACCUAUAAGCCAGUGGUUGGCACCUUAAAAACCUGUGCCACGUAUCCCCAACAGAAUAGAUCACUGUCUUCACAGAGCUAUAGCCCAGCCCGGAUAGCAGGUAUCCGUACUGUGAACACAGUGGAAUCACUGAGCUACACUAUGCCUACUGAACAUAAGUCGCAGACAUAUACAAAUGGGUUUAAUACCGGUGAUAUUAGAGACUGCUUAGAAUAUGCUGAUGAGGAGGCACCUCAGACCUGGUUGAACAAUGAUAAAAAUCAAGGCAGAAGCACAGUUUGCCCUAUUUAUUCCAUUCAGCAGAACCGCUGCAAGAAGGAGAACUGUUCCUUUUAUGGUCGUCCUGAAACUGAAAAUUAUUGUUCAUACUGCUACAAAGAGGAGUUAAAACGCAGGGAGAGAGAAAGUAAGGGACAUAGGCAUUGAGGACUGUCAGGAUCCUUCCCUGACUACUUAGGUUCACUCUUUUCUUACUUAUGAAGUAAAUAGUGAUGGAUUAUAGAAAAAGGAAUCCUAAAAAGGGAAUGAUGGUACAUAAUGUCUAGUUCGUCUCUUUUUCAGGUCAAUGCAGAAAUAAGAGGAUUAAUUUAUCAUAAAAAUGUAUUGUUUUCCAUUUUGUCAGUGUCUUUUUUUACAUACGCUGGUGAGCUGAAAGGUUGUUUACUCCUUUGUCAGUGCUGUGAAUACGUUUGGUCAAAAAUUUACUAAUGGUGCCUGAAUUUACACUGACAUCACUCAGGUAGUAGAAUGAUAGGGAAAAGUCAUAAUGUUGGCAAUGUGGCAUUGUCAUAGCAUAGCAUCUGCCUCUGAUACAUUUGAAAUUGUAGAGCCAUCAUAAUGCCAGUAGUAUUUUUUUCUCAGUGACAACAUUUUUCAUGACCCUUUUUUGGAAGGGUAGUAAUUUUGCACACUGCUUAUUUUUUAACAUAGCAACACACUUCUUUCUUAUAAACCCUUUGUAUUCAUUUUAGUCUGAAAUGCAAUCUCUUCGGAGCACGUGACUGAAGGUCUGGACUCAUGAGGUCUCUAUCUUUAUAGCUGUAGUUUCUGUUGGAUUUUGUUUGGCUCUUUCAGGAAAGUGUCAGUUGGGCUGUUUGUUUGCUUGUUGAUAUCUAGACAAAUUUUGGAUGUUGUGGGGAAAAAUAUGGUGUCUGUUGUACCCCAGCCAGUAAUCUUAGCAUAUGAAUCCACUAACUAACCAGAAAUUUGUGGAAUAAUCCAGAGCAGGGUAAACUAUUCAGCAGAGGUAAUAUGUAACAUUAAUUUAAUUUCCUCUGUCCAUGAUCUGACCUCAAUUUUUAGUAAUUUGUUAAUUCACCAAAAUUACAAGAUAGUGGUCUUCGCAAAACUAAUUCCAUCUAAUUUCAUCUACACAUUACUUCCAUUCUGUUGGCAACAACUAUUGUUUGAGUCAUCUGUACUGACUGACACACCUCCACAAAGAGCUUCCCAGAUGGCUGUGAAAUUCCAGCUUGAAUACUCUUUCAGCUGUCAAUUUACACAAGUCUUCAUGUCCUAAUAUUUCAAUAAGCAUUUAUGACACUCCUCCUCCUUUUGAAAAUACAAUUUCGAGCGUUUGUGACAAGCAGAUAGAUGGGAUCGCACAUACUAUCCGGGUAGAUUUGUGGGGUCUAUGUCUACAAGUUUUUCUGACUACAUGAUUUGUAUUUUUUACCACCAAACAAUGCAAAUAAGGAAAUAAAAUUGGAGUUGUUCGUGCAGUUGCAUUUGUAAGGAAACAAUGACUCUCUAUCCACCUACAUUUGUGUUGAAGGGCCAUUUCCUUAACAACUCUGUUAAUGGUGAUUCUCUGCCAUGGUCAGGAUCAUGAGUCCAGUUUUAUUCAAAUAUUGAAUAGCAUUUUUCCCAGGCCACAAGAGGCUUAGACCCUAAUUUUCAUCUCACAUACCCAAUAAUAUUUAGCUGAAGUGAAGUUACUCCCAAUUAACUUUCAUGCAAAUGCAAAGACAUGCUCUAAAACCCUGAUUUAGCCAAUAACUUACACUCAUACUUAACUCCAUUCUUCUCAAGAAAACAAGUAACGUUUACUGGUAUGCCCUUCAUUCAGUGGGAUUCUGGCAGUUGGUUAAAGUUAAGCACAUAAGCACAUACUUAAAUGCUUUGUUGAAUCAGAGACUUAACCAGGCAGAGAGAAAAAGAAUUUAUAAAAAUCGAAUAGGUAAUACCUGGCUAGCUCCUUAAUGAAUCCAGACCUGCGUUUCAUGUGUUUAGCAGUCUUUGGAACAUACGGUGAAUGUUAUUGAACUUGCAUCCAUUUUUCAUGAAUGGGACAUGUUAUCAGACUUAAUGAAUUGUUCAAACUCCCUUUGUAUGAUUCCUCCCUAAGGUGUGCAAGUUUCUUGAAAUCAUGUCCUUACUGAUAUGCAGUGUUCUUUUUCACUUAGCUGUGGUGAUUACAUAUAGUUCUCAUUGCCAAAGAAAUCUGUGAUUUUUAGAUCAUGUUAAAGCAAAUUGAGCACACUUGACUCUGUUUGUUAUGGUGGAAGAGACAGAAACUAGAAGGGACAGAAACAAAUUGAAUAAAAGAAAGAAAUAUUAAAGAAUGUUUAGAGCCUUAGAAUAGCAGUAACAUUUGGAAUGCCUAGAAAUGCUUCUUUAUAAAGCUAAGCCUGAAAAAUUGGCAGAAAUGGAUACCAGUCCAUUUCAUUCAGCUGUGACAUUUCUGGGUAAGAAGAAAUAUGGUAACAGCACACACUUAACAAUUACAUCUUUUGCUUGUUUAAACCUUUUAAAUAAAUUAAUUUUGCCUAUAGGAAGUUUUAGGAUGCACUGCGCCUGAAAGGAGGUGGGAAAAGUUUUACAGAAAAAUCAACAUUUAUACAAGUGAUAACUUUUCUCCUUAUUAUUGAACAGAUUAAAUCCUUAAUUUAGAAUAUUUUCCACAUUGAAUUGACUGGCUGAAUAGUCACAGAAUUAUAUCAGAAUUAUUCUAGAGUUCUCUCUAUCAUGCAUGGAAAAUUCUUGAUAAGUUUCCAUGAUUCUUAUCAGUAAGAAUGUAUUUCUUAAAGUCUUUAGAGUAAACCUAUCAUGCUGUAAUAAUGAUAGGCACAAUUAAACAGGAGUUCCUUUCCUCAGCAGCCCAUCCUUGAUACCCCAUGGUUAAUUUACUCAGGACAGUUUUAAAAACUUUUUCCGAGCACCCCUUUCUACUGCUGACCUUUACAUUUGACAGCUCUUAAAGAGAUUAUUUUGAAAUUGGCCAUUGCUUGCCAAAUCUUCUCUCUCCACUGUCUAAAUGUUCUUUAAUCCAUUUGUGUCCCCUCAGUUUUGCCUUCCUUAUUCCUGAACAGAAAUCAGACUGUAUCCCAUUCACUUCUAUGAUUUAUUUAACACAGACACUGUGUUUGGCACUAUACAGUCCAAACAAUUAAAUAUAGUGCCUGCUCUAUUGAGCUUAUAGCAUAGAGUCAAUAUUACAAACAUUAUGGUGGAUACAGCUUGUGGCUUAUGUCCAUCAGCAAUAAAACAAAAUACACACCAAGGAAUUAGAUAGGGAGAAUACCCACUGGCUUCAUUUUUUGCUGUUCUUUUGCAUAAGUAGUAUAUUUGUCAACCCUUUUGCCCUCUCUGAUCCUGGAACAAGUGUAAGUCCCAGGUUGAUGAGUAUCGUGUGUCCCGCUCUGUGCUCGAUCCAUAGGAAAGCACAUGUCUGUUAUAGCUCUUGGCUGUUUAGAUUUCUGGAGGUUUCCCCUUCAAUCCCAGGUGCUAGCUGAUGGUGGCUAUGCUACCAGUGAGAUAUUUUACCUUUCUGAUUUAAUUUUGUGCUCUCUGUCCAUGAUACAGCACGUCUGCAGGUCAGCCCAUGAUUUCUUUACCUGAAGCGAGAGCGCCUUCUUUUAAAUGUAACUUGCAGUUUUGAGAAAAUUGUGGUGUACAUGUGGAGCUUGAAGCCAUGAGAGAAUGUUGUAUUUUCUCACAUACAGCAUGCCCCAGAAUAUGAUGCACACCUUAUUUUUGAAAGGCAGAAUGAAGGGGAAAAAAAAAUCUUUCCUUGCAGUAACUGAGUAGCAGCAGCUAGGGAGCUGAGCCUGCUGCCUGGAGCCCAUGUUGAUAAGCAGCAGAAAUUGCUCUUACUCUACUUUCUCACAUUCAAGGCACACACCAGUUUCCAGAAGUUGUAUUUGUGGGGAAAAGGUGUGUGUUGAAAGAGAGAAAAUAUAUUAUUUAAAUAUGUUAUCAUCCACUUCUCAGGGGUUAAAGCCCCACUUUUAAUAAAAGCUACAUGCAAAUGCAAAAAUGUAUUCAUAGGAGAAAUGUAGGUUAGAGGAAGUAGGUAUUGUUUAGAUGUUUUUAAUAUGUAGCUACUUCUUUUACUCUAAACUCUUUAAACAAAAAACUUCUUAGGCAAGUGUUUUCUCUUGUUCAUCAAUUCUUUCCAAUUCAAAGGUCUGUUCAUGGUAAAAAAAAAAAAAGCCUAUAAUUCAUACUAAGUCUCAGUCGCACUUUGCAUUGAAGUUCCAUUCCUAAGCAGCAUAUAAAGGGCUACUAAAGGAGCAAUGGCUGUUAUAAGGACAUUUCAGAGAUAGGCAGCUUGUUUUGUCAAGGCAAUAAGCCCAUCCAGAGGAGAGUGUCACAGAUUAUUGUAACGUAUGUUGGAUAUACUCACCAUUGAUUAUCAGUAAUGUAUUAAGCUUUAUAAACUGCUUAUAAAUGCACUAUCAAUAUAAAGUGUGAUCAGGCUUUCUCUAACAAGUAAUAGGCUCUUCUUCCAUGUUAACUUAAAAGAUAACAUGCAAAAAUGUUCUAAAAAGAGAUUCUUCCUCAAGCAUGUUUUGUGAUGCGUGUUUAUUAAGAACUUUUUCUAGACCAGGUCAAGGCUUGGGAGUUCCCUUAAACGCACAAAAUUCCAUGAUGACAGCAGCCUUUCAUGAUGUAAGAAGUGUUGAGGGGCCACUUAGCAUAGCCUGAAGCUGAUUAAUUGCUUGCUGAGACAAGCUGCCUGAAUGGAGAUCAGAACAAUCUGCUUGGACAACAGCAGCCUUUGUUCAUCUGUAAUGCGUGAUUGCAUCCAGGUUUGUUUUAGUCUUCUUGUGCCGAAAGUGUUCAUAUCAAAUAAUGUAUGCAAGCUGGGCUGCCAGAACAUUGUCCUUAAUGUCCCUAAUCCUGCAAACUGUUAGACACACCCUCAGCCUUAUGAUGCACAGUAAUAGUCUGCCUGACAUCAGUGAGCCUGCUUCAGUGCAGACAAUUGGUAAACAUGUUGAUGUCUGUGGCAUCAAGUCUAAAAUUUGGCCCCUUUAGAUCAAAUGCCUCCUCAUCUUCCUUAGGCAGAGUUUCCCAGGGAACCUGUGAGAAUUUUGCCUGAGGAGUAGUGGACAGGACUUUGCACACCUCUCAAUCUUGAAUAAGGAAUCAUUGUCUUCAUAACAUUCAGAAUAUUUUAUGCAUCAUUAAACAUUCAGAUCCUGAUGGAAAUAGACCAAAACCCAGAAACUAAUUGACCUUGAUUGUAAGAGGCUUUUCAGCAUAGUCCAUUUUAAGUCUCUUUCAGUGUACUUACAGGUAUAUUUGUUUCAAAUGAUGGCAACUUUCAUGGAGUAUCACCAAAUAGUAUAGAGCAUAGACUUUGAAUUAUUGCAGUAAACUAUACUAUUUUUUAAUUUAAUUUGCACAUUAAUUUCCUGUAUAUAUGACUAAAAACAGUAUAUUGUUAAAACAAAAGUAGAAAGAAAGGUGUUUGUAAGUGUGUUCUGUUUGAAGAUUUAAGGCUGUAUUAUGUU